AAUGAAUAUUAUCAUGCACCCGGGGAAAAUUCCUUUUUGUAAUGCGGUGUAAUUUGCGUGUUUGUCUUAAUUUGAAACUCUACUUUCCAAUUCCUACAUGCUUUCGCUAUUUAUUUCCAGGACUUUCUGGCCUCAUAACCACCACCACCGCCUCUCUCUCCUCUGCCCCUGUAAAAGUUCUUUCCGCCGUCAAGAUCUACGCAGCCCCUCAAUUCGCCGUCAGGUUGCUGCUUAGGAAAUCUCGUUAAUUCACCGCUCGUUCAACAAGCUGGCAGAAUUCAGCUGCUGCAGGUAGAAACAAGAUUCUAAUCUAUCUAUGCUUAUGUUUCUUGUAAUUCUUUCAAAAAUGAAAAAAAAUUCGUCUCUUAGUCGAAUUCUUUAGGUGGAAUAAGAUUUUUUUUUCCCCCCUUCUUUUGUAUUGUGGUCUGCAGGAUCGAAAUUUGAUGUUGAAUGAGUUUGACUGGUCUAGAACAAUGACUAUUUAUAAAAAUCUUAUAAUGGAAUUCUCUGGUUCGCCUGAAAACAGAACGGUAGUUAGGAUGAUGUUUAAUAGAGGAAUUGCUUUGAG